CAAUCUCGGACGAUUGCAAUGGCAAAACGACUCAUUGUAAGAUUCCCGUUCUUAGUUGACGACAAACCACAUUUCAACAAUGCACAAAUUUUUUAAAAACACAUGGCUCGACUUUGAGGUCAUUCGCAUCCUGGGUACAGCUUCAAAUGGAGGAGCAGAGCUUUGCGAGGUCCUUGAGGCUGUUGCAUCCAUCAAGGAGGGCGAUGCGCAGUCCUGGCAUGAUGCGUGGAAGAAUCAGGCCGACAGGGCAGAGGCGACUGCCUACCGGUGUCUCAAAGACGGAAAUCGCGAACUGGCCAGACGAGCCUUCUUACGUGCUUCGAACUAUACACGGGCGAGCCAGUACAUGUUUAUCGGCGCGACGCCAUCGCAGCAGGACCCUCGCUGUCUGCCGAUUGCUGAAAAGGGCAUUGAACUGUUCAGGAAGGGCGUUGAGCUGUGUGAUGGAGGCGUGAGGUUCUUGGACAUUCCAUACCCUGGUGGCAUCUUCUUGAAGGGAUACCUCUAUCUGCCACACCCUUCCAAACGAAUCACCGGUAAAACGCCAGUAUUGAUUAAUUGUGGCGGUGCAGACUCUAUCCAGGAGGAGUUGUACUUCUUGAACCCGUCAGCCGCCCCCGAUCUAGGCUAUGCAUGCCUCACUUUUGACGGGCCUGGCCAAGGAGUGGCGCUGCGUAGGGACGGUCUUACCCUUCGACCAGAUUGGGAACACGUAAUUCGUCAUGUACUGGACUACGUAAUAGCCUUCUCCAAAAAGAACACCGACCUCAACCUCGACCUUGAUAGAAUCGCGAUUUCUGGAUCUGCUCUUGGAGGCUAUUUUGCUCUACGCGGUGCGACGGAUUCGCGCAUCAAAGCUUGUGUAGCCAUGGACCCGUUGUACGAUAUGUGGGAUUUCGGCACUCAGCAUGUGUCGCCUGCUUUCAUCAACGCAUGGAUGAGCGGUUGGCUGUCGAAAUUUGUUGUUGACAGUAUCAUCAACGUGGGGGCAAGCCUUAACUUUCAGCUCAAGUGGGAGAUUUCUGUCUCAGGUGCUUUUUGGAAGCUGGAUCACCCAACAGAUAUCCUUUUGGAGAUGAAGAAAUACACGUUCCGUCAGCAUGGUGGCAAGAACUAUCUAGAUGGUGUGUCCUGUCCGACGUUAAUAUCAGGCGCCGCCAACUCAUUGUACCUGAACGUAGACAGUCAUACCAUGAUGGUAUGGCAGCACUUGAACAGUGUAUCCGAACAGGAGAAAGAGCUCUGGAUGGCGAACACACCAGCAGAUGGUGCAUUGCAGGCCAAAAUUGGAGCAUUUGGGUUGAGUAACGAAUACACUUUCCGUUUCCUAGACGAGAAGCUGGGAGUGAAGAGAGGAGGAUUGAACCCGACUGAGAAGAACAUGUGAGCUGAGCUAGGCCUACCGAACUUACAAAUCUCUUUCUUUCAAUUACGCGAAGUUGAUAGAGAACGUAGCUGCAAGUGGCACGGCGAUAUGAGACUAUCUUGGAAAGUCUGAAAUGAUCUGAACUAGCAUAAAUAAAAUUUCGUUUCACACCGCAAACUAGACCGUUAUUUGUUUGUUUGUCUACAUGUGCCAUCUUGGCCAUUGUCUUGCCGAACAAAUUUUCGACAGUGAGCGUCUGCAGGUCACAACAGGAUCCAAUUCAGGGCUUGGCUAUGCUUGAGAACUAGAAUGAUAACAACGCUACUAUUCUUGCAAUACCUCUUACCUCUAGAGUGGAUUGGUCCACCCGGGCAGUCCAUUCCAGC